AUGGAUGCAAAGGCCACAUCGACAAUGACAUCCCCGACUUCAACGUUACCGAUCUUGUCUCUCUCUCAAUUUUCGUUGGUAAUUUUUUCGGUGUAUCCGACCCGUUACAAACCACCAGAGCCGCCGCCACCAGAUCCACAUGAUCUGGCUGCAACUGCUACCGUAUUAUGCUCCUCCUGCCCCACAAUCCCUCCUCGUCCUCGGCUGAAAUCAUCUCGAGAUCGUAUCUUGAUGACUUCUUCUUCCCUGCGACGAUGGUCCAUAAAAAUGCAUGAUGAUCCCUCCGGCGACGGCGAGGCCAUGUAUUACGUACGGUAUGCUCCGGUGACAUCAACCUCCGAAGAGCUUCUUUGCUUGGGUGAAGUGGGCCUGGUUUCGGCUCCUAUUUUGAACAUAAAUCCGCAACAUCCAUUGGCGAUCAAGACGAUGAAACAAACUAUAUAUGACAUGACCAUCGGAGAAGUUUGA